UCCACACUUCUGUACAAUAGGGGGCAGUAAUGCACCAUAACGUUGGAUGCCAACUGCCUAUAAACCCCACUGAAGAAGAAAAAGCUACUCAUGUAAUGCAUGCUGGAAAGCAGACAAAAACUAAUGAUUUGCAAGAGAUCUAAACACGAUUUAUAAGCUACCGAACAACAAGUCCAAGAAAUCAUUGCUAACCGCGUUUGCACUUUGAACAGAUUUCUCGACAAUAAUAAUGGAAGAUGUGACUGGGGCUCAGCUCAUUGCAGAGGCACUAAAAGCUCAGAAUGUAGAAUAUAUGUUUGGAAUAGUUGGUGUUCCAGUCAUUGAAGUAGCUAUGGCAGCUCAAGCCUCAGGAAUCAAUCCAGGUGCGUGUCUGGUUGUGUCUGGACCGGGACUCAUCCAUGCACUUGGUGGAAUGGCCAACGCUAACAUGAACUGUUGGCCUGUGAUUGUUAUUGGAGGCUCCUCCGAUCAAAACCAAGAGACCACUGGGGCAUUUCAAGAGUUUCCACAGGUGGAGGCAUGCAGAUUGUACAGUAAGUUCUCUGCUAGGUCUAGCAGUCUGGAUAUGAUCUCCUCAGUGGUAGAGAAGGCAGCACGCACUAGCAUGUAUGGACGUCCAGGUGCUGUAUACGUAGACAUAUCUGGGGACAUGGUCAAUACUAAAUUGGACAGGAGCAGAGCCAGAGAGGUGCCCUGUAGUCCACCUCAUCCUGUGAGUAUGGCUGACCAUAUGGCGAUCACAGAAGCACUGGCGGUCCUGAAAGGAGCCAAACAGCCUUUACUCAUCAUUGGCAAAGUUUAUGUCAAGGUCAAUGUCAAGGUUGAUCUGUGUGCUGAGGAGAUGGGAAACAACGUGCAACCUGCUGCUGCUCUCCUGUGGGACAUCAUUACUAUUGUCAAGCUGCUCCUGGAGUACGUUCAUAAAGAUGGCUGGAGGUAUCCAGCUGAUACAGAAUGGUGGACCACGUUGAAAGAGAAGAUGGUUGCUAUGACAAAGGUGACAAAGGCGUUAGCUCUACAGUCGACAACACCCAUGAACUACUACCAAGUGUUCCACCACAUCUCCCAGCUGCUGCCCCACGACUGUGUCAUCGUGAGUGAGGGGGCCAACACCAUGGACAUCGGGCGCACCAUGUUGAACAACUACCUUCCUCGACACAGGCAAGGCAUGCCGCCUCACACAGAGAUCAAAGGUCAAAUCCGCCAAGUAUCCUGUGCCUUUGCCCUGAAGACAAGUAGGAAUGAGUUGGGAUCUGUUGAUAGUUCUGCCUGAGAAGACUUCUCAAUGGAGUGCUGCCUGACACGCUGACUGGAUGACUUCUCAAUGUAGUGCUGCCUGACACGCUGACUGGAUGACUUCUCAAUGUAGUGCUGCCUGACAGGAUGACUGGAUGACUUCUCAAUGUAGUGCUGCCUGACAGGAUGACUAAAUUAC